AAACCUUUUGAAAAGGCACGACCAGAUACCAACUGUUCAGCCCACAAAUUAUAUAGCUGAAAUUCAAGUUGGAGCUCUUCGGCUACAUUACAGAGAUUGGAAAACGCCAUCGUUUGUGUUGUAAAGAUGUUGCAUUUUGGAGAUAAACUCUGUUGCUCACUUUACCGAACAAUGAUUGACACUAAUCCGCCAUGUGAGUGACUGUAAGCAACGACGUCAUAUUUGGGUAGCUUGAAAUUUACGCGUAACAUCCAUACAGAAAUCGAAUAUAUUAAUUAAAUUGGCACUUCUGCACUGUAAAUUCAAUCGUCUUUCUUCAACGAAAGAGGGAAAAACACUACAGGGUUGUGUACGGGUGUCGGUGUUGAGAAGCGGAACCAUUUUUUUCGCACCCGUUUUCUUGCGGAUUCACAAAAACAGCGGACGCCUUGGCUCUCAAGAAUGGACGUAUCGUGACAUCCCUUGAAAAUGAUGGCGAAUGACAACAGCUAUUCCACAGGUAUGUGUGAGAUAGCAGAGAAGGAUCUGUAUUCUGUUCUCGGAGCCAGCCCUUCAGAUUCAGUCCACCAGCUCCGACAUAGAUAUCAGAAACUCGUUUUACAGUGCCACCCUGACCGGCUUGGAGAUGUGUGUGACUCAGAAGCUGAGUCUGGUAGGAGGAAGUUUCUUGAAGUUGAUGCAGCCUGGAAAAUCCUCUCAGAGCACAAAACUAGGAAGCUAUAUGAUCAAAAGCGGAGAGCUCAAGAACUUCAACAGGCCUGGCCAGUUGACUCUACAGUCUUACUGGAGCACAUGACCUGGAACAAUGAUGAGUGUGUGUAUACGUAUUGCUGCCGCUGUGGUGGACAAUUCAUCUUUUCAGAAGAAGAGUUGCCAUCGAGGCAAGGGAAUGACGGGCAAGAGAAAACAAAUGAUAGCCAACAUGUGGUGGUGUGCUGCGAUACUUGUUCUCUCAGUGUUUAUGUUAAACUGCCGUGACAGAAAAAGACUUGAAAUUCUCAUUGUCAAUGUUCAUACAGUACAUCCGUGUCGUUCUGUGAGAGCGUGCCCAUGAAGAGGGAUAUUUUUCCCCUUUCCGUUUCGACAUGAUUUGAAGUCCCUGUAAAGUGACAACAGUCAUGUUUUCUAAAUUUGACCCACCACACAGUUAAGGGCAUGUUAGCAACAUUGCCAAAUUUGAAUGCUUGAAGAAUAGGCAAGUAUAUAAAAGGAGGGAAAACCAAAGCCCUCGGUAGCGACUGCCACCCGGGUUUUUUGUUUUGUUUGUUUUUCCAAAUAAUCAGAACAAUCAAUGUUGCCCCCCCCCCCCCACAAAACUGCGAUGUGAAACCACUUAUUUUGAGACCUGAAAUAUAUACCUGCUCAGUGAUUGCUUUGAC